AUGGACUCAUACACCGAUAUGUCUCCUCUUUGGGACCUGUCCCAGCCGACCAAUUUCUCUCAACUGCCCGACGACGACUUCCUCGCCCUGCUCCAGAAGCAAUUCCCAACUGGUCAGCCCACACACCCGUAUUCCGUCGACUUUGGCCUUGAUGGCACCGGCGUCAACCCUCAGUCGAUUUCGCAUUACUCCCUCCCAAGUCUCACUCCGCCCUCGGCGGAUAGCAGCCCUAGCCCGCCCGAAGAAGACAACUCUCUCAAGCGGAAAGCCAGCGCAGACGAUCUCGAGGAAGGGCCAAGCAAGAGUCAGCAUACACUGAGCAACGGCAAGAAAGGCACUGCAAGACGCAAAUCUUCGGGCAACGGACCUGACGAUGCCCGCUUAAUGAAGCGCAAGGAGCAAAAUCGAGCUGCGCAGCGCGCCUUCAGAGAGCGUAAGGAGAAGCAUGUCAAGGAUCUUGAAGACAAGGUUGCCGCUCUUGAAGCCAAGAAUGAUCAAGCUAGCUCCGAGAACGAAAACCUGCGCGACCUCCUUGCUCGUCUACAAAAUGAAAAUGUAAUGCUCAAACAAAAGCAGUCGCAGCAGUUCACCUUCUCUGUACCGAAAGGUCAAGGAGCGUCAGCGGCCUCCGCCGCCACCGCUGCCGGCAGAUCCCCGGCAACAUCAAUAUCGGCUGCUUCCCCUUCCACCUCUGCUCCCAAUCCACUUGAUUGGAGCUCGCUCACCGCCUUUGAUCCGGCCGUGCUUAACCUACUGGAUGAUACGCCUCAGCAAACAGCGACGGACGAUGCGAUGAAGAUGAAUUUCGGCUUUAAUCAACCCGUUGUACAACAACAAAAACCGAGUACAAGCAGCGCAUUGAGCAAUGCUCUUUCGAGCUUUACCACCAUCGCAUCCAACCCAAUGUUCACGUCCUUUGCUUCUGCCUUCGACAUGACACCACCGCAUCACACCAUGACCCCAGGGUCUUCGUCCGCAGUAGCGAAAACUUCGUCGUCAUCGAAAGCGACGCCGACAACAACUGCAUCCGCCAACACUACCCCUUUCAGUUUUGAUAUGCCAUCUUCGCUGUCUGCGUGGUCAACCCCGAAUCCAGACAAUACGUUUGACGACCUGUUCGGUGGUAUCAUGGGUUCCGCUAUUGAUUUCAACGAGUUCAAUGUGCUUAUGCAGUCGCCGAACUCAUCGAUCAGUCCUGUUACUCAUCAUGCGACGCUCAACAGCCAAGCGGGUGGACAUUCACCAGCCAACUCCACAACUUCGUCCCUAUCAUCACGAUCCUCCGAUCCGCUCUUCAACACUCCGCGUGAAUCAAGCUCCGAUUCAGAUUUUGACCUAGACGGACCCAAGGAGUGUCCCAAGAGCAAAGACGAGUUGCGUGAUCAUAUUUCGAGUUCAGGGUCGUCAGUCUUUGCACCCGAUACGACGCCCUCCCUUCGCAAGGCAGAGUCGUCUGUCAUGUGUGAAGGCUCAGCCUUCCCAUCAACACAAGCCAGCGACAGUAAUCUGGAGAUCUUGGAUGCCUGGCGGACAGUGACAUCUAAUCCACAGUUCAGGGAUUCUGAUAUCGCUGAACUGUGUUCCGAGUUUUCGGCCAAAGCUCGCUGUGAUGGGACCAAAGUCGUCUUAGAGCCGCAUGGUGUGCGUACGAUAAUCGAAUCGUUGACGCAAAAGCAUAACCGUGGCAGUCUGUAG